AUGGAGAGAAGAAACGAUGCGACAGCGACGGUGAUGAAGAAAUGGCAGUAUCCACAAGUGGGCCUUCCAACGCCGAGGAUUCUUCAGUUGCCACGUAGGCACAUUGUUCGGCGAAACUCCACGAAGGGGAAGACAACAGCAACACCUUCUUCUUCUUCUUCUUCGUCUCAGAAGGAUCGUAGAGUGAAGCUGGAGGUUCUGUUUCACCAAGAGAGAUCGUUCGAUCGAGGUGAUGAGGAGGAAGGAAGGAGAAGAGGGAAAGUUGCAGACGGGAGAGAGAUUGGUGGGUCGGUUGAUGAAGUUGAGGAAGCGAAGUGGAGGUUUCAGGCGGAGAUGUUGAGAUCAGAGUGUAAUUUGUUAAGGAUAGAAAAGGAGAUUGCUUUGAAGAAGAUGGAGAGAAGGAAGAAACGAAUGGAGAAGACGCUUAGAUCUGCUGUUCUUACUCUUCUCUCUGGGAAACAGAGGAUCUCAGAAGGGAAGAAAGAGAGCAAGGUUUUGGAAGAUGAGAUCAGCUAUUUGAUUGAGAAGCUGAAUGAGUUAAAGUCUCCAAAGGUUAAAGACAUUGAAGCUAGAAAGUUCAGACAUAAUUUUGACAAGAAAGCUUCUGUUUUGAAAAGAGAGCUUGAGAAAUUCGACGAUGGAGUAGUUUCCGAGGAGGUUUGUGUGAAAGGGAUUCGAAAAAUGGCAGAAGCUAGCUUCUUGGUCAAUCCUAACCCUCUAGCCAAGAACAACAAUGACAAUAUAGAUACAUUGAGUAGUAAAAUGGAGGCCUUGUCGAAAGGGGUUUUGUUGGAAAGAAUGGAGAAAGAAUAUGGAUCAAGCUCUGUCUCCAAAUGCAUUGAUCUUCAAGAUGCAUCUGCACAAGACAUGUAUAGCAAGACAGUUAAAGCGAACGAGGAAAAGAAAGACUGUUCUAGACACUGUAAAGCAGUAAUGAGGAAGAUUGCGGAUGAAGUAAGAGCAGAGGCAGAGCAAUGGUCACAAAUGCAAAAAAUGUUGUGUCAAGUGAGGAAGGAGAUGGAGGAGCUUCAGUCUUGUCGUGAUUUCUGGCAAAACCGCGCUCUUGAUUCGGAUUCUCAGAUACAAAAUCUACAUUCCUCAGUUGAAGGAUGGCGAAGAAAGGCGAUAUCAUCAGAGGCAAAGUUGAAAAACCUGCAAGCAGAGGUUUGUGGAUUACAAGGAGAGAUGGAGAGAUUGAGGAAGGAACAUAAGUUGGUGGUGGAAGCAGAGAAGAAAGACAGAUUGCCAUCAGAGUCGGAGAAGAGAGUAUUGAUUUGUAGGUUGAAAGAAAACAGACAUAGCAACAAUGGAGAUUGGUCUAAGCACAGAGAAGGAAGAACAACAACAAAACCGUCUUGCUCAAGACCGCCUUUAAGAGAAGUUAAGAACGGUUCAGUAGCAACAGCGAGACAGAGAAACUCCACUGUCAUGAAAAUGUAA